AUGGAUGUUGAUCGCGUUGCUGUUAUCGGAGCCGGGCCUUGCGGUAUCGGAGCAGCCAAAUACCUCAUCGCUGAGAGGAAAUUCUCAAAUAUAACCAUAUUCGAACAGCGCGAUGUGCCUGGCGGCUUGUGGAAUUAUACUGGAGAUGAAGGCGUCACUAAUACACUGGAGAUUCCCCGCCCAACACCGAGUCAGGAACCGCAACAGCCAUCUAACGGAAAAUUUAUUUCACCUGUGUACGACUCACUGGAAACAAAUAUUCCAAAGUCCUUGAUGCAAUUCACCGAGUUUGCUUUUCCGGAGGAGAAAGCCUUGUUUCCAGCACAUGCGGAUGUGAAGGACUACUUGCAUGAAUAUGCGGAGGAGCUGCGGCCAUUUACUCGGUUCCGAUCCACUGUUUUGGAUGUAUCUCUGGUAAAUGAGCCUAAGAAGAAAUGGAAAGUGACAUGGCGAAAUCUGGAGUCUGGCUUAGAUGAAAAUGCAUUCUUUGAUGCUGUUGUUGUUGCGAAUGGACACUAUAAUGACCCUUAUCUUCCUGCCCUUCCAGGUCUCGAUGAGUGGAAGGAAAAGUAUCCAGGCUCAAUCACUCACUCGUCAACCUAUCGUCGCCCCGGUGAUUUUGCUGGAAAGAAAGUCAUUGUUGUUGGAAACUCAGCAUCUGGAAUCGACAUCGCCUUGCAAAUAAGCAAGGUAUCAAAAGGCCCAGUCUUAAUAUCUGAGCGAACACCGUCAACUUUAUCUCCAGAACAGCUUAAAUUCGCCAAGGAUCUUCCUGAAAUCCGCCUGCUCGAUGCUGAAAAUGCUCGUGUGCAGUUCACCAACGGCCUUGAAGAGUUUGAUAUCGACCACAUUCUUUUCUGCACUGGAUAUCAUUGUUCUCUCCCUUUCUUGUCAAGCCUCCAGCCAGCCAUCGUAACAGAUGGUGUGCGACCGCAUCAUUUGUAUAGACAUCUUCUGUAUACCCCAGAGCCUACACUAGCUCUGAUCGGAUUCCCACAGCGCGUUGUUCCAUUUCCACUAAGUCAAGCUCAGGGCGCAUGGGUCGCGCGCGUCUUCUCUGGACGAGUGACUCUGCCUCCUCGUUCUGAAAUGGAACAAUGGAUUGAAGAAUGGACUGCAAUUCGAGGCAGUGGCAAGGGAUUCAGUACCCUGUCUUUCCCUCUUGACGCAGAAUACAUCAAUUCACUGAGCGAGUUGAGUUCACAGGCCGUGCUUAAGGAAGGCCUGGAAAAUGAUGGACGCGGGAAGAGGCCGCCUUUCUGGGACGAGAAGCAGAAGUGGGUUCGUGAGCAGUUCCCAUUAAUUAAGAGUGCGUCACUAGCACUGGGGAGCAGGCGGAGUGAGGUCAGAACCCUUGAGGAUCUUGGUUUCGAUUACCAGAACAAUAAGAAACAGACGGCAAAUUUGUAA